GGAACUGAGUCAACGCAUUUUUCAGAUUCUAGAAGGGGUAGGGCGCAGGGCGGCUGGCCCCCGCAAGAACAGACACACACACAAGUCAGCUACUUCACUGGCUGAACCGAUCAGCUACCGCAAUCAAUUGAUGUCUUCAGACGAGCUUUGAGAUUUCACCGUGCAUUCAGUUGGUUUGAUUCGCCGCUGGUCGUCCAAAAAUCACAACCUGACAAAAUGACAGACUCUUCGGUGGCCGACACUCGCCGGUUGCAUUCCAAGCCCCAGGACCUGACGGAUGCUUACGGCCCCCCCAGCAAUUUUCUGGAAAUAGACGUUUAUGAUCCACAAACUGUUGGAGCUGGACGGCACCGUUACACAAAUUACGAAGUUCGCAUGCGGACAAACCUUCCCAUUUUCAAACUGAAGGAUUCCUGUGUGAGAAGAAGAUACAGUGACUUUGAGUGGUUAAAGAAUGAGCUGGAAAGAGACAGUAAGAUUGUAGUACCAUCUCUGCCGGGCAAAGCCCUCAAGAGACAGUUGCCAUUCCGGACAGAUGAGGGCCUUUUUGAGGAGUCCUUCAUUGAGGAGCGGCGAUCGGGCCUGGAGCAGUUCAUCAACAGAAUUGCAGGUCACCCCUUGGCCCAGAGUGAGCGCUGUCUUCACAUGUUUCUGCAAGAGGAAGUCAUUGACCGUAACUACGUUCCUGGAAAAGUAUGAAUGAAGUAAGUUUGCUUUAUUUGAUCCUGUCUCUAAGAGCUUUGUGGGAAUUGAAGGUGGCUGCAUGGGCACUGUAAAGACCAAAGGCGAUAGUUCACUAAUACUUGUGUAAUACAAUGCCAAUACUUUAUAUAAAUGAUCACAAAGAUCUGACUGCAAUCUGUCACUUUACCUUGUAAAUGUACCACACAUAGUCCGUGGUUGUGACAUGAAACAACCAGUUAUUCCACCAAAAAUGCUGAAGUGAUCACGGCGCGCUGCAAAGGGAAGAGCAUUCUGCAAGCCAGUUUAGAGUUACCUAGAAAAAUGGAUGUAAAAUCUCAUUUGCAGUUGAGAGUUUGUAACUGGUACCAGAGCUGAUUCUCAGAAACUGGCUUGCAGAAGUUCCUCCGUCCACCAGUAUCAGGCCAGUUCCAACACAAACCACUGCUAGUGUUUUGAGUUAUGUGAACUAUUGUUUGCUGGGAAAAAGUACUGUACACCAUCCAUGACAAGAGCUCUCUUUUGAAACAUUUCUCAGACUAAUCCUGGUACAUUGUCAUUAUCAACCGCACUAAUCUUUGGUUGCAUGGCAAACUUGCACGUUUUCUUCGCAAUAUAUGUGUUGUGUAUGUGUGUCAGUGUCGCUGACCGAUUAUUUUACAUGACUCUGAUCACCGUCAUCUUGUUGAGUCUGUUGAUUCAGAUCUUUAUUUCCCUAAAUUCAGUUUCUCCAGACAUUUUUUGACAAACAAAGCAAAUCUGCCACCAAGUAAAUAUUGGUAUAUGUGCAUUUUUAUGUUCAAGUUACACCUGUUUCUUGUACCAACAACAGUUCAUCAGACACAGUGUAUGUCUCAUGAACUAAAUCAAUUCAGUGCCCAUACAUGUAGCAUUGCAUUCCACUCAAUACAUGUUGGUCACAUGGGAGUCUUGAACCAUAAUGGCAAAAAAAGAAAACACUGCACUGCAUGAUGCUUAUUGGUGAAGUCUAAGCUCAGCUCUGACACCCUGUCAUGAAAACUGCAUGCAGUCCCGUGUAAUGUACCAUGUUUAGCUUGUAUUGGAGCUGCGAUAAUUUCUUUUACCUGCCUGCCUGAUUUAAUAAGAGGCGGUUACGUUUCAGUCUAGAGUGUUGUCAAUUUAAAUACAUUAACAGAGGCAAAUAUCUGUUGAAGAAAAUGGUUGAUGAUGAUUAAUACAGGUUUGAGUAAUCACCUGACUUAGCUGACUUUCAAAAUGGGUACACCAGCAAAGAACAGGAGUCAGCAAGAGUUAAUAACACUUGCACGAUAAUGUGUGGUACUUUUAAAUGAGUCUAACAAAAUAUGCUUAUUUAAAAUAACUUUAGAGACCACAGUGUUGCAUUUCUGACUGUAUGUAAACUGUAAUGCCCAAGCAACUGCCUCCUUCAACAAAAAAAAAAAAUAUGACAGCAAUAAAAGCAGCAUUCACAUGUAUCCACCUUAUUCCUAGCCCCCAUGAUACCUUGCGUGAAUUAUGUGUGCAACUUCCGGCGUUAACCGAAACCAGCGAUUUCCAGUGGUAACAGUUUGUUUACAGUACUCUAUUCUUUCCAAGAGCAACUAGGAAAUAAAACGUGGAACACACCACCUGUUAUAGCUCAAACGGGAUUAUGUGAUCAUACCUCUGCCAUCUCUGACAGCCAAUCUCAAAGCAACCGAGCAUGCUAGCAAUUAGCUCGCCUUGCUCGGUUAAAAUAUUGUUAACUUUAACUUCACCCGAGCUAGCUUAAGGUAAACAUAUGCUCCCUCUGAAGAUGGUGUCUGAUUUCUGGUGACAUAUUAAGAGAUACUAACACAUUUGGCAAACAUAUAACAUAAUUCAAUAUUAACUGUGGCUCCAUGUAAAGUGAAUAAAUGAGACGUUUCCCAGCUAAUCAUCUGCUCGUCUGCGUUAACGACACAGUUUACACGUUGUUUUUUUAACUUCUGAUUCAUUAAAAACUGUUCUGAGCGAAACAUGAUGCUGAAUUUAGCAGCAGACUUCAGUAAUAGUAUUAUAUACCUUCUUUUACCUUGUAAAAGAAGGUAUGUUGCGGAGUUUAUUUUACAACAAGCAAUUUUCUAAUGUAGGUUGAGAAUGAAGUCAGACGGGGAAAGACAGGGAUAUCCCGUACUGACGGUGAGUGACGGACCUGUCAGUCUAGGUGUCCUCUGCAAAUUCUGAUUUAAUACUUUUUCGCUAUGUCUCGUGAAACUCUUGUGCUUUUAUUUUUCAUAUCAAUGGUACCUUUGGCAACAGGAACCCUUUUUGUUCUGGUUACAUGUUCAACACAGUUGCUGAAGACAAAAAUUUAGCUUAGACUGGUUGUUACAGACACGGACAGUGCAACAGGUACCACAGCUCUGCAAAGACAUUUUAGGAAAUGCUAAGUUAAUAUUAGUUAAAUAUUUGUUAAAAAAUAAAUCUGUAUUUGCUAAACUGAAGGCAGAUUACUUCUGAAAAGAACCAGCGUUGGUAGACUCACAAGUCAGUCUUAAGAAGCUUUGCUUAACUAAAGACUGAUGACUUUCUCCCUGAUUUUGUGUUUAGAUGGGCGGAUACAAUUUCAGAGUUUAAAAAACUCCCUACGUUGCAGAACCAAUAGUAAAUCCGCAGGGCGGUCCUUUGGUGGCUCGCUGAACUCUUGUGCUCGUAAACAUAGUCCGACUAGAAACACGCGCAGCCAUACAAAAUGACUCAAGUCGCUGUAAGUCCUUCAUUUCCACAAUCUUGUGGACUGAGCACACGUUUGAUAAAACGGAGUUAAAUCUCUCGGCAUCCAUUUUCAAGCUCUCUGUGUGUUUGUUUCCUUGCGGACGAGAAAAGGGGGAGCGCACAUUUCCGGGAGGGCGUGUCCUUUUCAAAAAUGCAAGAGGCGUUGCUUUGUUGCCGGCCGUUUUCGCCGGUGUGUUAAACACACUUUAGAAAGGAGUGUCCCCAGACUAUCAGAAGGCAGAGAUCUCUGAUUGUCUGGUGGCGAGACUACAGCGUUGGUAGUUAGCCACCAAGAGUAGCCACUGGGACAAACCACAGACAGUCCAUGGGGCUAAUUAGCUUACUGCUACGUCCGCUAUCUCACUGGAAGUCGCAGCCAUAAUCACUUCUGCAGUAGUUCCCUCAGGAGUAAGGUGGAUAGAAAGUCUGCAAAUGUAUAAAACAAGAAUUUGAUUAUUUGAAAAGUUGAUCAGCUUGUCAGAAACUAUGAAAAGAGAUGGAUAUUAGGGCUGUUGUACAGUAUGGACCCACAAUCAUUUCUCAUGUGAUACUUUCUGUGAAUAGUAUUAUAAUAUUGUGCCAUUACAUUUAGUCAGUAGACUCUGAGAUUCACAGCAUUGACCAAAACUUACAGCGUGAACAUGUCUGUAUAUUAUUUCUCAUGUCUGUCUCUUUCUCUCUCUCUCACUGCAAAGACUAUACAGACUGCUGCACCUGCCCCAUGUACAUUUAUUUCGACUUCACGUCAUUAUAGAGCUGGUGGAAAUGUCAGAACUGAUAAGUAUCAACGGUGUAGGAAAAACAACUAUUGCUCCUGGACUAAACUAAGCGAUCCAAUGUAUAAAUUGUUUGAUGUUGUGUCUUUAUUCAGUCAUUCCACAUACAGUAUGUACAUUAUUUUUGAUUCAGUAAUCAGUGAGAAAAAGAAAACAUGUUCCAUGUAUCCUAUUGUCAUAGCUAGACUUUUUUUAUUUUAUUACGAUGAUUAUUAUGUUUUCUGAAUGUCUUUUAAAUUGAUUUGAUCCAGUUUAAGAUGAGGGUAAUUUCCUGCUUUGAUUAAUGUCUUCUUUUGCUAGCGGAGAUGGGAUUUUGAUGAUAACCUCCCAAAGUCGAGCAACAUGUAGCAUCAUGAAAAAGACAGAUUCAUUCCAGUCGACAUAUUUUCCCCCUGAGUUCAAUGCUCCGAACAUGCUCUUUAGACAGGAUUGUUUCAUGAUUAAUUGUUUUUAACUCUGCUGUCUUAGUUACAUCAUCAUGCCUACACUUUGGCUGUGUGUCGUCAAAUCAGCUAUCGGGAAUGUUAGGUACAUAACCAUAUCUAAGCACUGUGACAAGAGGUUCAUUAUAUGAACAAUAUUCCAUUGGUUAAAGGCAUAAUCAGCAUCUGGUUUAUUGAUCUGAAAAAGGCUUAAUUCUGCGCUCAUUUUCAGCCAGUUUAUCCUUUCUAUCAAUAUUAUUGUGAGGUGUAUUAAUACAUGUUAUCAUCCACGAGGAACUUCCUUGUUAAUUCUGUCCACCAAUUAAAUUUCCUGCUGCCUGCUG